UCCCGGGGAGGGGUCUGCGCGUCCCCUAGGCGGCCUUCUGAGCAUCACAGCUCAAUCCCCCCAGGUGGGGGGAACUCAGGAGAAAUACAGACACCCAGGCCUCCCCCAAACCCACGGGCUCCGCAUUUGCAGCACCCUCCGCAGGUGGUCCAAUGGGCACUGCCCUUCAGCACAAAGCCCCCCGCCCCCCAUCCCUACUGGAACGGGCCUGAGUCUCCUCCCUUCAAAACUCUCUCUUGCCUUCCAGUCCCUCUAAGCGGAAACCACUUUGCAUGGGCUCCGGUCCAGGGUCCUCUGACUUCCUGCCCCAUGUCACAGACCCUGACCCAGGACGUGGGGCCUGAGACCCCUGUCCUGGGAGUGGCUGGAGAGGGCCGGGUAAGAGCAGGGCGGGUGGCAGCCUCUCACUUCCGGAAGCCGGCCAUGUGGACCUGAUGUCAAACAGCACGGUCCUCCAUGCUUGCUCACAUUUCUGCGCCUGGGGAAGGGAGUGGCCGCAAGCCUCCGGGCAGGCCACAGCAACCCCAGGAUCAAGGGCAGAGAGGCAGCGGGGCCUCAGCACCCCGCCAUCUGCCGCCAUGCACCCCCAUCUGGGCCGUCCCUUGCCCACGCAGGCCAGCAAAGCCGCAAAAACCGCGCGUUCGCUUUUAGGUGGCUUUUAGAUCACAGCUCUCGGGGCCAGCAAGGCCUUGGGCAGAAAUGAAAAGUUCCAGGCUGGGGGCCAGGGGUGGCGUGCAGAAAGGGCCCGGGCGUCUGAACAUGUUUAGCCCAAGGGGCAGGGAGUUAGGGGAAAAAAAAAAAAAAAAAGGCAAUUUGGGAGCAGCUCGGCUUCACCCGUUUGUAAGUUUGGGAAGUCGCAGGCGCCCGUCGGCCGUGGUUCGAGGCCCGAAGCGACCCGAAGCGACCCGAAGCUGGCCCAGCGUCACGAAUUCCAGCGAGGCAGCCGUGAAACGUUUCUUACCCAAGAACCACUUGUCCCGAGUGAUCAUCCGUGACAACCUGAGUGCCCAGCGCAUCUGUGAGGUGGAGAUAAGAGCAUCAGAGAAGACCAAGAAAAAGAUGAGCCACCUGCAUGACCACCUGAAGAAGAAGUUCAUGCUGGAACAGCUCCAGAAGCUGGGGCGCUGGAGGCGGGAGUCCAUGAGCAUCCGGCAGUACCUGUACAGCCUGCAGCCCGUGUACAAGUUCCAGCCCCACAAGAGAAGCCAGCCGCCCUAGCCAGGGCAGAGCCACGUGCCCAGGGCCACCGUGAUAUGCCCGUCUGACAGGAGGAGGCUGGGAAGAAGCCAGCCCACGCCGGCGUGGAACAAUAAACUGAGACCAGCAGACAGCAGAGCACACAAAAAAGAAAAAAACCACAAAACUGAGCAGCGCUCCUGUGCCUUGCCCCAGCCGUCGCCCGUGUGCUGGAGAAGGUGAUCGUGGCCGAGGAAAAAAUUCAGCCUUCAGUACCCA